CUUUUCACCCUUCUGUGUUUCUAUUCUGCAUGCUAAAGCUGCCGGCUCACUUUCACCAUGAAGGGUUUGAAGACCAUUACUUUAACUUAUGUUCUCACGCUCGUACUGACUGCAUUUGUCAUCCAAACCUGGAGUGCACCAAAGGGUUCUUUCCAAAGGAGAAACUGGACCCCGCAGGCUAUGCUGUACCUGAAAGGCACUCAAGGACGCAGGUUCAUCUCAGAGGACCGAAAAGAGGGAGACGUGUAUGAUACGUUACACUUAGAGACCCGCAGCCAGAACACAGAGAAGCUGAGUGUGGACCAAGCCGCCUCUAUUUUACUCAACUUUUUGCAGCAGUCCAGGGAUGGAGCAGACGAAAACCCGGAUGAGGUGUACUUUCAGGAGAUGCCGGUGUGGAAGAGAGAAUACUUCUGAGUACUCCUUCAAAGAUGUUUUUGUACAUUUUGUGUAAAUAACCUGAGUAUAUUUCAAGCGUGAUGUUUUAAUAAACGACAAUAAAAGUAUUAUCUCAAGUUGCACUGCUCUUCACAUGGCUAGUAGUUUAUUAAAUACACUAAAUACAAUGUACACUAGACUAUGGUUGGGCAAACAUUGACUCGCGGGCCGCGUUCA